CAAAAUGGCUGUGGGACGAAGUUAGCUGCUUGGCUAAUGUAAACACCACCCUCAGCAGACUGGAGCUGAAGCGACGACAGCGUUACUCGAUAGCUUGUUGACUCUGCGAAUGAGAGUUCUUCCCAACUUUGGUGAGAGAUGUCGAGCCAGAGGCGUGGUAUCCAUCUGGACCAAUCCGAGCUGCUUUGUAAGAAAGGAUGUGGUUUUUAUGGCAACACAGGUUGGCAGGGCCUGUGCUCAAAAUGCUGGCGAGAGGAAAAUCAGCGAGAGAAACAAAAGCAGAUUCAAGAAGACUGGGCACUUGCUGAGAGGCUGCAGAGAGAGGAAGAGGAAGCGUACGCCAGCAGAAAUCAGAAAGCCCAAUCACAGCCUUCCAUUACACCUUUCAACAAGUUUGAAGAAAGGAAAACAAAGGAAAAGUCCAGCAAAGUCAACACGGUCACAAAGUUUUUCACUCCCUCCACAAAAACACCGCCAAAAAAAGAUGCUUCUCCUUUUGAUGCUCAGGCCAGCCCAAGCCCCAGCUCUUCAGCAAGCAGGCAUUCCUCUUUAGACACUGACCACGCAACGCGGGAGUUCAUUGAUUUUCUCAAGCCUCUGAAGUCUGGCAGGGAGAUCUUCAAACAGUGUCGGGCCUUCACUGAGAGCAUGGCCUAUAAGCGGGACAUGGGUGCUGACGAGUUGUCAGAGUGUGUACAGGACUUCUACCAGAACCUCUCAGACCGCCUCCACACUCAAUUUAAAGGUUCGUCAGAGCAUGUAGAGAGUGUUAUGGAUGAAGUAGAGAAGUACAUGAUGACCCGUCUCUACAAGGAAGUCUUCUGUCCUGAGACCACAGAUGACGAGAACAAAGAUCUGGCUAUUCAGAAGAGAAUCAGAGCCUUGCACUGGGUCACCAUUGAGAUGCUGUGUGUUCCUGUAGAUGAGGAGAUCCCUGAAGUGUCUGACAGUGUGGUUAAAGCCAUCACAGAUGUGAUCGAAAUGGAUUCCAAGCGUGUGCCCAAAGACAAGCUGGGGUGCAUCACUCGUUGCAGCAAGCACAUCUUCAACGCCAUCAAAGUUAGCAAGAAGGAGGCAGCGUCUGCAGAUGACUUCCUCCCCACACUCAUCUACAUUGUGCUGAAGGCAAACCCUCCACGGCUUCAGUCCAACAUCCAGUACAUAACCCGCUUCUCUAACCCCAGCAGACUCAUGACUGGAGAGGACGGUUACUACUUCACUAACCUGUGCUGUGCUGUGGCCUUCAUUGAGAAGCUGGACGGCCAGUCCCUGAAUCUGAGCUCUGAGGAGUUUGAGCUCUACAUGUCAGGCCAGGCAUCCCCCAACUGGCCUCAGGCUGCUGGAGCUUCCUCUUGCUCUCCAGGCAGUGCAGCUCUCAGUCAGGUCCACAAACGUCUGGACCAACUAACAGGGCUCGAGGAAAGGCAGGAGCGUGUCAUGGAGAAGGCUCGCCAGCUGGAGAACGACCUCAUCGACUGGACAGACGAAGUGGAGCAGAAGGUGCAGAGCGUUCUGCAGACUUUACCUCCAGAGACACAAAAUCCUACCGCAACCACAGCAACUGCGACAUCUGCAGCUUCAUCAGCAAUUGACUCUGAUAAUGUUGAGAAUGAGCUCCUGCCCCCACCACUGCAACCACAAGUGUUUGCUGGCUGAUGUGAGGAGCUCCUCACUAAAUUAAAAAAAAAAAUCCCUCUAAAUGCUUUACUCCACCCUCCCCCCUUUUCCGG